AUGGCCCAGCACGAUUCGGACAUUACCCUGUACUUCCUUGGUGCUAGUCGAGCCAUUCGCAUUGCAUGGCUACUGGAGGAGCUCUCGCUACCGUACAAGCUAGUCUUUUCACGUCGAGCACCGAACGGGCUCGCGCCGCCGGAGUUCAAGGCCAAGAUCCCCACCAAGUUGGGGAAGAGUCCUGUGAUCCAGGAUGGAAACAUUGUAAUCCAAGAGAGCAGUGCCAUUGCAGAGUACCUCCUUUAUGCGCGCUGGCGCAUCCCUAAAGCUGCAUCCGAGCAUCUCCCGGAAAUGGAGAAAGGUCUCUCACCGAAUAUCCAAAAUGAUUUGAAUUGGCUCGAGUCAGAGGGCGCGGGCAGACAGUGUCUCGUGGGGAACGACGUCACGUCAGCCGAUAUCCUCAUGGGAUUCAGCAUUGAGUCCAUCUUCGCAAGGAAGUUGGGCACCGAGGGUGGAGAUUGGCCGAAUGUGAGGAAGUGGUUGGAAGGCCUGCAGCAAAGGGAGGCAUAG